AGCUGAAAUCCCCCCUCCUCUCGCUCCGCUCCGCCACUCCCCGUCCCCUCCCCGACGGCGCGCUCCGUCCGUCCCGCCAGCCAAUGCCGACGCCAGGCGCACGAGCCCUCAUCCUCCUCCCGCUCCUCGUCCUCCUCCUGCUCUCCGCCGGCGCCGCCAAUGCCGCGACGGAGGCCGAGGCGCUGCUGGCCUGGAAGGCCAGCCUCGACCGCCCGCUCCCGGACGCGCUCUCCACCUGGGCCAAGCCCGCGGGCCUCUGCUCUUCCUGGAAGGGCGUGUCCUGCGACGCCGCCGGCCGCGUCGACUCGCUCGCGCUCCGGGGGCUGGGCCUCGCCGGCACGCUCGACAAGCUCGACGCCGCGGCGCUCCCGGCCCUCGCCGCGCUCGACCUCAACGGGAACAACUUCAUCGGCGCCAUCCCAGCGGGCCUCUCGCGCCUGCGCUCCCUCGCCACGCUCGACCUCGGCAGCAACGGAUUCAACGGCUCCAUCCCGCCGCAGCUCGCUGACCUCUCCGGCCUCGUCGAGCUGCGUCUCUACAACAACAACCUCGCCGAAGCCAUCCCCCACCAGCUCAGCAGGCUCCCCAGGAUCCAGCAUUUCGAUCUGGGUGCCAACUUCCUCACCGAUCCGGACUACGGCAAGUUCUCGCCGAUGCCCACCGUCAGGUUCAUGUCGCUCUACCUCAACUACCUCAACGGCGGCUUCCCGGAGUUCGUCCUCAAGAGCGGCAACGUCACCUACCUCGACCUGUCGCAGAACAAUUUCUCGGGGCCGAUACCGGACUCGCUGGCCGAGAAGCUCCCCAACCUCAUGUACCUCAACCUGUCCGUCAAUGCUUUCUCCGGGCGGAUACCGCCGUCGCUGUCGAAGCUGAGGAAUCUCCGGGACCUACGGAUUGCAACCAAUAAUCUGAACGGAGGAAUCCCCGAUUUCCUUGGCUCCAUGUCCCAGCUCAGAGUUCUUGAACUCGGUGGCAACCCGCUCGGCGGGACGAUCCCGCCGGCUCUUGGCCGGCUCCAAAUGCUGCAACGCCUUGAUCUCAAGAGCGCCGGGUUGAAUUCCACUAUUCCACCGGAGCUGGGCAACCUUGGCAAUCUCAAUUUGAUGGAGCUGUCCAUGAACCAGCUCACCGGUGUCCUGCCGCCAGCGUUCGCCGGGAUGCGCAAAAUGCGCGAGUUUGGCAUAUCGUCGAACAAACUCACCGGUCAGAUUCCGCCGUCUUUGUUCAGGAGCUGGCCAGAGCUCAUAUCGUUCCAAGUGCAAAUGAACUCAUUCACCGGGAAGAUUCCACCAGAGCUCGGCAAGGCAACCAAGCUGGAUAUCUUGUAUCUCUUCAGCAACAACCUUACAGGCUCUAUCCCAGCAGAGCUAGGCGAGCUGGUGAGCCUUACUCAGUUGGAUUUGUCGGUGAACUCUCUCACGGGGCCGAUCCCCAGCUCGUUUGGUAAGCUCACGAAGCUCAAGAGGCUGGCGCUCUUCUUCAACAAGCUUACCGGCACGAUCCCGCUGGAGAUUGGCAACAUGACGGCGUUGGAAGUCUUGGACGUCAACACCAAUAAUUUGGAAGGCGAGCUGCCCGCCACCAUUACAUUGCUCAGAAAUCUUCAAUACCUUGCCCUGUUUGACAACAACUUCAGUGGUACCGUACCGCCGGACCUCGGGAAGGGGCUGAGCUUGACCGACGCAAGCUUCGCGAACAACAGCUUCUCCGGCGAACUGCCACAGAGACUAUGUGAUGGCCUCGCGCUGCAGAACUUCACGGCGAACCACAACAACUUCAGUGGCACGCUGCCGCCGUGCCUCAAGAACUGCACGGGCCUGUUCCGGGUGCGGCUGGAAGGGAACCACUUCACCGGCGACAUCUCAGAGGCGUUCGGUGUCCACCCCGGCUUGGACUACCUGGACGUCUCUGGGAGCGAAUUGACCGGCCGGCUAUCUUCUGAUUGGGGAAAAUGCACCAAUAUCACCCGCCUACACAUGGACGGCAAUGGUUUAUCAGGUAGCAUUCCAGCGGCGUUUGGGAGCAUGGCAAGCUUACAGGACCUCAGCUUGGCUGAGAAUAAUCUCACAGGAAGUGUUCCACCUGAGCUGGGCCAGCUCAGCCUCUUAUUCAGUCUCAAUCUUAGCCAUAAUGCCCUCUCUGGGUCAAUUCCGGCAAAUUUGGGCAACAAUUCCAAGUUACAGGCAGUCGAUUUGUCUGGGAACUCGCUUACGGGGACGAUACCGUCUGGCCUUAGCAAGCUCAGUUAUCUAAUUUUUCUUGAUAUGAGCAAGAACAAGUUGUCAGGGCAGAUACCAGGUGAGCUCGGCAAUCUUGUUCAGCUGCAGAGGCUUCUUGAUCUGAGCAGUAACUCAUUCUCAGGUGCGAUCCCCUCAAAUCUUGGGAAGCUGACGAAUUUGCAGAAACUGAACCUGUCACACAACGAUCUCAGUGGUCCAAUACCAGCAGGGUUUUCUGGCAUGUCAAGCCUUGAAACAGUUGAUUUCUCUUACAAUCGACUCACCGGUAAGAUACCAUCAGGGAAUGCUUUCCAGAACACAUCAGCUGAUGCCUACAUUGGGAAUUUGGGGCUCUGUGGUAAUGUGCAAGGUAUAACUUCUUGUGACCUCGGUUCUGGCGGUGCAUCUUCAGGGCAUCACAAGAGAAUAGUCAUUGCAACAGUUGUGUCAGUUGUUGGGGUUGUGUUACUUGCAGCCCUUGCUGCUUGCGUCAUACUGCUAUGCAGAAGGAGGCCUCGUGAGCAGAAAGUGCUGGAGGCUAACACCAAUGAUGCUUUUGAGUCCAUGAUCUGGGAAAAGGAGGGAAAGUUCACAUUCCUCGAUAUCGUGAAUGCCACAGACAACUUCAACGAAACCUUCUGCAUUGGUAAAGGAGGGUUCGGAACUGUGUACAGGGCCGAGCUUGCAAGUGGCCAGGUUGUGGCUGUGAAGCGAUUCCAUGUCGCCGAGACAGGCGACAUAUCGGAUGUUAGCAAAAAGAGCUUUGAGAAUGAGAUAAAGGCGCUGACAGAGGUCCGCCACCGGAAUAUCGUCAAGCUCCAUGGCUUCUGCACUAGCGGUGACUACAUGUACCUGGUGUAUGAGUACCUGGAAAGGGGCAGCUUGGCGAAGACAUUGUACGGGGACGAAGGGAAGAAGAAGCUGGACUGGGACGUGAGGAUGAAGGUGAUACAGGGGGUUGCUCAUGCCCUGGCCUACCUGCAUCAUGACUGCAACCCGCCCAUCGUUCAUCGCGACAUCACUUUGAAUAAUAUCCUGCUUGAAUCUGACUUCGAGCCACGGUUGUGUGAUUUUGGCACCGCAAAGUUGCUUGGGUCUGCUUCAACUAACUGGACUUCUGUGGCAGGAUCAUAUGGCUACAUGGCUCCAGAAUUUGCAUACACAAUGAGGGUGACAGAGAAGUGUGAUGUGUACAGCUUCGGCGUUGUUGCACUGGAGGUCCUGAUGGGGAAGCACCCAGGUGACUUGCUAACCUCUCUGCCGGCGAUAUCCUCAUCACAAGAAGACGAUUUACUCCUCAAGGACAUACUGGACCAGCGGCUGGAUCCUCCAACGGAACAGCUUGCAGAAGAGGUUGUGUUCAUCGUCAAGAUAGCGCUUGCCUGCACCAGGGCAAAACCUGAAUCCAGGCCUGCAAUGCGAUCCGUAGCGCAAGAGAUAGCAGCACAUACCCAGGCCUACCUCUCCGAAGCAUUCCGACUUAUCACAAUAAGCAAGCUAACAGACUACCAGAAGUGAUGCACCUUUGUGCAGAGAUUGUGAACCUACAUGGGCAGGUGAAAAUUGCAGACUUAUUAAUUCUGUAAAAUGCAGUUUCAGAUCCUCAAGUAGUUUGUAUGUCAAUUUAACUGCCAAAGACCAGCACUAGGAGAGCAUAUUGCGAUAACUCUGAUAAAAUAGUUAGACAAACUAUCCUGAAGACUGUCUGACUGAAACAAUGUGAUGUUUGUAUUUCUCUUUGUAGUUUGUACUAUCAUUAUGCUAUUUCCUGUGAAGGGCUAAGCAGUAAGGUGUAACUGUAAGAUAUAAGUAGACAAUAAAAAGGCAACAAGUAUUAUGUCUCUGGAAAUGGAUAAAAAGAUCUUGUCCAA